AUGUGCUGCGGAAAGAAUGUCAAAUGUCAAAAUUUGAAACAUGUUAUGUCAAAUUUGAAAAGUUUUAAAGUUUUCAGAAGUUUAAAAGAGAGAAAUUUGUAUUUAAACUAUGUAUUAAUUUGUUUUAUUAUAUAUUAUUAAUGUAGUACCUAAAUAUUGUUCAGCCACCAAUUCUUUUUAAAAUUUUAUGUCAAAAUUCAUAUUUCUUGUUAGUUUUAGUGUUUUUAAUUGUUUAUAACAAUUAAUACACUUUCUAAGUAUAGUUUAAUACAAUUAGUUCGCAUGAAACGCUCCAGAAACGAUUUGUACAAUAAAAAACAAUAAUAAUUACAAUUUGUUUCUUCACAAAAUGUCAAAAUGUCACUUAUAACAUGUUUGUGACAUAGUCAAAUGCAUGUAGCCCAUUUAUUAAUUUAUAUAAUCAUUUUUAAAGCCUUUAUACACGACCCGGUCGAAGCAACCAUCUUGGAUACAAUCAAACAGUUCUUUACUCACUCAACAAGUGACGACAGUCAGGAAAAAGUCGAACCUUCUUUCAAACGAGAAAAUACACAGGAUCAUGUUAAUAUAAUUCAGCAGACAAUUAACAAACGAAUGACUUGCUUGAUGAAACGCGAAGCGAUGAAUGUGUGCGACGACGAGGAACUGAUGGUUUUCCUCGCUGAAUUGCAAGUCACCAAUCAGAGUAUUAUUAACUUGUCCACGCAGGAGGAACUGCCAGUUAUUUGCAAGCGCGUGAGUGAUUCUUUGGCGGGAAUGGAAAAUUAUCUGAAAACUUGUACUUUGCCUAGUGGGAAAGAUUUAUAUGUGCAGUUAAUCAAAGGAAUCGCUCAGUUUGUGGAUGUUAUGUGUGAAAAAGACACGGAAAUAAAGAAAGCAUUCACUGAAUGUUCGCCAUGUUUGAAAAGUCUCCACUCCGACUUUGAAAACUGCUACGGCCCAUCAGAUUGGACUGAAGACAUAAAAAAGCGUGACAUUUGUUGUGCAUAUAAACAAAUUUCCGACUGUUACUACACGAAAGCAGCCGAAGUAUGCGGAAAACACUCUGCGCAUGUCAUGAAAAAAGUUGUCAUGAGUAUUAUAAAUGUUAUUAUACCAGUGCAUUGUGCAACCAUUGUGCUGGAACCCUGUGUGGAUAGUGUGGCACCAGAUAAAGGAUCACAAACCUCCUUAAAAGCAAACAAGAUAUUGGUCAUUGUACUAGUCAUCUAUACAAUCACUAACAAAUGCAAUUCCUUUUUACAAUUAUUAUACCUAUAAAAUAUGAUUAUUUAUUAAUUUUAAUGAUAUUUAA